CUUUCUCAAGAUUGCUAAUGGUAACGCUGCCCUAGCACAGUCUCAAAUGACACAGUAUUACAAGUAUAUGGCUGCCUCGAUGGAUAGGCGCUAUCAAAGCAUCACCAAUUAUUUCCCAAAACUGAAAGUGAGGGUGUCCAUGACUAGCUUGACCAUAUGUGACGAUGCGUCUGAAUGUGUCUGGUCCCAAAAUAACGUGAUCCCGUCAACAGAGAAGAUCACCUACACUAACGCUUUGACUCAGUUCCGUGAUUUUAUUCUUACUGGUAAAGCUCCCAAAGCGGAUCACAGCAUGUUUAUCACUGGAUAUCAAAUGGCCAAGCCUGAUGGAACCACGGGGAAUAUUGGUAUUUCGUACGUCGGCUCCAUGUGCUCUGUCUGGUCGGUAUCUAUGAUCCAAGAGCGAUAUUCGGGAGCUACAUCUGGAGUAGCGGCUCAUGAGCUGGGUCACAGCUUGGGCUCCUUUCAUGACAACAACAAGGCCUAUAUCGGUUGCACUAACGCUCAUUACGUCAUGAAUUCGGUUGCCUCGUUCCCUACAGAUCAGAAUCAAGCUUCCCGGCCAUAUAUUUUUUCCAAUUGCUCAGCAAACUCCAUCGCUGAAUAUUUGAAAGAAACCAAAGCAUCUUGCACGACCAAUCAGCAAAGCUCCCAAACUGCCCCAACGCCCCCUGCAGGACAACACUUUAAUGCCGACGCCCAGUGUGCUUUCUAUAAUGGCGUGGAAUCAAGGUUCUGCAGAAAAGAACAAAAAGAACGAGGAUUUCAAAACAUGUGUGCCAGAAUGGCCUGCUCGCUGCCUAGUAACCAAGCUAGCUGUAGUGACAUUGUUCCUCAGGAUAGGACAUCUUGUGGAGAUGGUCAAUGGUGUGUGGACGACAUCUGUGUCACCGACGCAGCUGCCCCCAAAAAGCCAAAGGACUGUCCGCAAGGUGACGACCCCACCGCUGGCUGCUCUGCUGCCAAGUGUCAAGAUUCCACUAUGUUGACACUUUGUUGCCAAACCUGUGCCAAGUAA